UCAGCCCCACCCUAAUGCGUGGGUGUACCUACAUUUGUAGGUGUGGCUGAUAGCGUUUUAUGAACAUGGCGUCUCUAGGGAACAUCAUUAAAGAGGGAAAAGAAGGAAUAGGAGGCGAAGGAGUUGAUUGCCAAGUACUUGAGGACGAGGAAUUUGAGCUGGUUUGUCACGUGACUGAUUUGGCUACCUUAGAAUCAGAAUUGUCUGAAGUUAGGAAGCAUGUUGCAGUUCAAAGGAACGCCGGUGUCUAUCAGCCGUACAAGGUCUUUGGUAGAGGCUCAACUUCAGUUCAAAUAUCGGACAUAGCGAGGGGACUCUGGUGUGAGCAGCAGGUGGAGUAUGGACACCUUUAUCCGUAUCUUAGGAGGACUGAAGGGUGGAGGAGAGUGCAGGCUGAAAAGAGGACAGUCAUACAGCAAAGAACACCAGUAAUGAAAGCUGGUUCUCAUAUACACUAUAAGAAAGAGAUUGAGAUUCAUGAUGUACCCAUACAAGUUGUUGCACCAACAAGAGAAGACAAGUGGGCGGUAGAUUUAAUUAAUACUUACAUCAAACUAGCACAGAUCAGUAGAGGAGGCAUUGGAGCAGAAAUAAAGAUAUACUGUGCAUUUGAAGACACUGUUCUAGCAGGAAUUAUUGACCAGUUGCAGUACUGCAAAGAAGAUCACUCUCUCAUCCUAAUGGAACAUAAAACAAGAAAGAGUAACACUUUACCUCAAGAAGAACAAAAGAGAGGCCAUUACCUCCAACUGAUGCUCUACAAGUUCAUUCUUGACUCAUUUACAAGUGGAACUACUAAUUACUGCAAUGUAGCCAAGGCACUGGGUCUGAAGCUGUCACAAAUAUUGGGACCGGGCCCCAUUGAACAUGCCUACAAUACUGGUCUAUUACAUAAUGACCUCCUCCUUUCUCCUAAUGGAGCAUCCAUGGGAGACAUCUGUUCACAAUCCAACAAGCCACAAACCUCAUUUUCUCAUAACUCAAGCUUCUCUUCCGAUCCUACCAAAACAAACAGAAGUAAUAAUUUUUUGAGAAUAAUACCAUUGACACAGAAAUAA